AGCCAUAUGUACAACCAGAGUCCCAAGAUUCAUCAGAGAAAUGCAAGUGCGUUAUUCCAGCCUUAUGUGCGGGUUGUAAAGACGACGAUGUAAUGAGCAGGGAGUCAUCAGACAGCAUCCCGCACAUGUAUGGUUGUCAGACUCAUGGGAAAUACAAACAAUAUCAAGACAUAUUGAGAAGAUAUAAAACAUGGGCAAUUCUUGUUGUUACAAUUAUGAUUGUUCCAAUGGGAAUGGUCAUCAAAAAGACAACGAUUGACUUGAACUGGGCAUUUCAAACGGGAACUGUUUCAUUGAUUUGUUUUUAUCCAACUGUUGUGCUAUCCGUACUGUGGAGUAAAACAUCUGGAUAUGGUGUCAUUGCAGGUAAUGGCCUUGGAUUGACACUUGGCUGGUUCACUAUGUUAGCCACAGCUAGCACAUAUGACGGUGGGAUAUCAACUAUGGACAACUUUCUCAAAAACACAGUCCAAGAAAAUAGUGUGCUGGUCGGUUGUUGUAUCAGCUUUGGCGUGAGUCUAAUCACGUGUGUUCUUAUCUCACUGGUGGCCAACUGGAGACAAACUCAACAGGAAGCGGAAGAUGUCUGGAAACUAACUCUGGCUAUUGACAACCCCAUGUACCCAUGGACUGAACAAUACAGUCGACAACUAAAAGCAAGCGACAUAGAGUUCAACCAUCGACCCUCUUUUAAACAGAUGCAUUAUAUGUUCACAAAGGCUAGGAACACGGCAAUUGCAGGAUGCUCUAUCGUCUUACUCUUUAUCCUUGUUAUCAUUCCAGGGAGCCUAGCCUCUUUCCCCACUAUGGAUUACUCCACCUUUUACAACUGGAUAACUUUCACUCAUGUAUACUUGUUCAUUAUGUCUUUCUUUGUUGUACUUGGACCUCCUGUACAAGAGGUAAUGAAAGUGUUGCGUCAUCGAAAGAUGACUUUGAAAUCUAAACAACAAUCUGUGGAGUCGACACCGGCCCGUAGCCAGGAUUUGCCAAGGGGGGUUAAUUUUUCCAAAAUUUCCAGGGGGG